AUGUAUAACAACACCACCGAUCCGAAUCAGAGCCCCAACAACUGGUCCCCACAGCCGCCGAAUGGCCAGUACCAGCAGCAGAGACCUAACAAUCCCAAUCAGGUAAGUUACAUCUUGCGCCCUGCUUGCUUGAUCGUCCCAGAAAGUUGGGGUUCGCUACGGAGUGUGCCAAGGCCGUGGCCAGCUUUGCUGUUACGCCAUUCACCUUUCGCUUCUCUCCGACCUCCAAUUCUCAACCUUGCAUCUCACGUCGCUCUCACCACCAACACCGCAUCCACAUCAAAUCUUCCCUCCUACCUGCAAAUUCGCACCACAUAUCGCAGACCAUGGGUGGCACUGCAAUUGAUCCCGCGUUGGCCGACGUGGAUGUCCAGGUAGAAGGUAAUGCUGACCAAGAUGAUGAGAAGAACCUCGCUCCCAUCGCACAGUCUGGAGUCCAGCAGCCGCAGCCGCAACAGGGCGCACCGGCGAUGCCUACGUUGCAGCCUCAGCAUCCCGACCAGUACAGAGCCCUUCCUCCGCCUCAGCAAAUCUAUCCUCCUCCAUACGGAGCUGGCAUGGCAUAUCCUCCCACGCAACCCGCACCACGCCAACGCACUGCCAUCGCUUGCCGCUACUGCCGCCGCCGCAAGAUCAGAUGCAGCGGAUUCGAUCAGUCCGACGAUGGCCGCUGCACCAACUGUCAGCGGUUUUCUCAAGAGUGCGUCUUCACGCCAGUCAGCAGCCAGACUCAGGUAUGUGUAUUGUAGCCGUCGCGUCGUACCAUGUCUUUCGCGUCAACUAAUACUUAUUCCAGGCGUUUGUGCCCGCGCACACCGUGUGGCGUGGCCAGGGCGGGCCUCCUCCAAACACGCAGCUCUACGGCGCGUAUGGCCAGCCACUGCCACAGCACGGCCAGAACCGUGACGGCUACCCACAACAACAGCAGCAGCAGCAGCAGCAAGCUGGACAGUAUCCUCCAGUGCCGCCGCAGGGCUACCAGCAGCAGCCUAUGUAUGGCCAGCAGCCGGGCCAGCAGAUGCCAGCACAAGGUACGAAGCGCCCGAACGAUGAGCCGCAUACCCCGACACUUCCACCACCCAACCCCGGCGCACAGGCUCAGAUGCAAGGCUACUCUGAUCCCUCUGGUGCGUCGUUUGCCUCUCCCACUCCUUCCUAUUCUCAUUCCUCUUUUGAGCCCUACUCUUAUCCCUAUCACAACCAGCCGGCUGUUCGUGGAGGUCGCCCUCCGUCAAGCGGUCUGCGACACACCGUCAAGGGCAACGAGCCUGGUCAGUCGCAGCCGGAGCGCACCUCCACGGACAGUAGCAUGGUUCAAGCCCUCAAUCGCGCCUAG